AUGGUCAACAUGGCAACGUACGCAAAUGUGGCAUACAAACAAGAAAAUGGAACACUAACACUGAAUGACAAGGUGUUUCACUACCAAGCCGAUGCUCCCAGCAAGACAUCGGUGAAAUGCAGUUGGGCCCGUGUGGAAAAGCGACAAUUGUCUCCGGCAUCGAGCAAACAACACAUGAUCAAACUCUUACUAGUGUCGGGCAAGACGGCCGUCUUUACCGUAAAGAAUCGACAAAUGCUCGAAGAUUUGCGCACAUCCUGUCAAGCCCACAUUGAAGCGGCCAAGGCAGCACACGCCAUUGAAGAUCCUAAACGCUCCAUACGACAAAGUCAACGUGAUACCACUAUGGAUUCGCAACAACGGAAUGCGAGUGUCACUUCGUGGCAUGAUGAACCCGUCAACGAUGAAGACUAUUCAAAAAAGAAUCUCAAUACUUUGUGUUCUCUCAUUUGUGCUGGAAUGAUUUGUUGCAUCAUUUUGAUGUGUAUCCAGUUCUUUUUGAUUUAUUGGUUCCACUUGAAAGAAGACGUUCAAACUAUAUUCACAGAAACAACGGGUAGUAUUAUGGAGGAUGAUCGCAGUCGACCCCCGGAUGUCGGAAAAGAAUCCCGCUACGGCAUUCGCUCGGUUAAUCAUGAGUGGGAUUCCGAUGAAGUGUCCCUCCAAUAUCAAUUGUCCGACUAUAUUAUGGACGAUUCCGUCAAAUUCAUUUUAUAUGACGGACUCGAUUGUCGUCGUUCCGAUAAGGAUAUUACCCGGGACAAUCAAUGGCUCUUUAUUUUCCUCAAUAAUCCCGUGGGAGAUGGCGGCGCCAAACUCUACAAUGAAGGACGUGGCAGUCGCGAUUUUGAAGUGCAUUUCACACUCAACAAGGGACAAAUCACCUAUGCACCCUUUUUCACACCUAAUGGAUUGGAUGCCGGACGAUUGUCCUUUUGUGUUGGACUUUCCGUGUCCUACAAUAAAGUGGAUUAUUGGGAGUAUACUAAAGAAGUCAACGCCGUCGAGAGAGCUGUUCAAAUGGAUAUCGACUUGUCCGAUUUUAGAAGAAUUGAUGAUUUCAUCAUACGAACCAUUGUUCGACCGAAAUACUAUAGGAGGGAAUUAUCAUCGGGCAAUAUUGCUUUGCGUGGUUCCACAGAGUCGAUCGAUUUCUUGGAGUGGCAAGAAGAAGAAGAAACACAGCAAUAA